AAAGAUGGCCGCCUCCAUGCCACUCGUGAGAUCAGCUUGCUCGAAUAUUCUGGAUCCUUCAUGAGUCUGAGUUUCCAGCUUUAUAUUCAGUCUGCGGGCUACAGCGGUUUGUACAGUUGUUUGUAAGUUGACAGAGAAGCCGUGUGUCCUUUUAUUUAACUCCGCUGUGUAAGGUAUAUUCAUUAUGGCAGAAAACAAUCAGAACAGGAGAUAUCCCCCAAACCUCCAGGGGGUCCUGCAGCUGGCAGUGGAGGCUGGAUCAGCUGCAGAGGGACCUGCCCCCGUUGAACCCAUGUCAGAGGAGAGGAAAACGUUUCUAAGAGAAGCUCUCGCAGAAGUUUGCAGAGGUCAGAUGGAUGAAGUGGAGCAGAUGAAGCAGUGCCUGGCAGUUCUACACAAAGAGGAAAAGAGCGAAAGUGAGAGGGAGGGAGAGGAAGAGGAGGAUGAAGAUGAACGGGAAUCAGCCUUUGAGGUGUUAACGGAGUUGUGUGAGAAUUUGGACAAUGCCAGAGACCUGAUGAUUCUAGGUGGACUGGAUUUGUGCCUGUCCCGGUAUCUGUGUCAUGUCCAAAGUGGGCUGAGGUGGCGUGCUGCUGAGCUGAUUGCUUCCUGUGCUCAGAACAUGCCGCAGGUGCAGGUCCACCUGCUAAACAUCGGGAUGCUGCCAAAGCUGCUGCAGCUGACAGACUCAGACCCUCACCCCACCGCCAGAGUAAAAGCCCUCUAUGCCGUCUCAUGUCUAGUCCGAGAGCAGGAGGCAGGACUCCAGGCAUUCCUGACCCUCGAUGGUUUCUCAGUGCUGAUGCGAGGCAUGCAGUCGGACAAUGAGAAGCUCAGGACCAAGUCGGCUUUCCUGCUGCUCAACCUGCUGACAUCACAUCCUGAACAGAAAGACACUGUUGUCUCCAUGGGAAUGGUACAGCAGCUGGUGUCUGUUCUCCGCACACCACACUCCCCUUUCCAUGAACAUGUACUUGGUGCUCUCUGUUGUUUGGUGGAGGACUGUCCACAGGGGCUCAAAGACUGCAGGAAUCCUGCUCUGGCUCUGGAGGAGCUGCUCAGACAGCGAGCCAAAGAGCUCCAAGGAAAAGAAGAAAGUCAGGAAGAGCUGGACUUCUGCGAGCGUUUGAGGAUCAUAUGUUUCCGUGGGCAGAGGUCAGAUGACAAUGGGAUGGAUCGCUGAAGUGUUGUUCACCUUAUGUAACAGAACAUAUUUCCUGCACUGCGUCCUGUUUGGAUACAUCCUUCUCUAUUACCACAGUUGUUGUCCACAUACUUUGUGUGUACUCCAUAAGUAGGAUUUUACUCUGUAAAUAACUGUCAUGUAUAAAAUACUUUUUUUUUCAGUCAGCUGUCACUUCAGUUUCUCAUGUCUUAAAUAUAUUACCUGUGAUCUGCAUUAUAGGUAGUAUCAUGAUGAUAUCUAUGUUUAAUCUUAAAUCAAAUUUUAAACAGAUUAAAGUAAAGUAUUAUUAUUUAUUUUCUGUUUGUUUUUUAAAACUUGACACAAAAGUACAGACACCCUUGUUUAAUUUUAUACCAUAUUUAUUUAUUAUUAGCAAAACAAAUGGGAGUAUUUAUAUACAUAUAAUGGCCCGUUAACAAGUGGGAAACAAUUUGCACAACUUACAAUAAAACGCUGAUUAAAAUAUUGGCACAAAUCACAGAGUACAUGUUAU